UAUUGACUAAAGUGUUUUUGUUUAAUCUAAUAAAACUUAAUUAUUUAUUUAUUUAUAAUGGAAUACGCUUUGGUAAAAAUCCCUCAUGAAAAUGAUAAAAAAGUGGUCGUUGAAACUUGUCACAUAAAAAACUUUAGUACCUUCAAUGUUUUGACUCAAAAUCAAGUGUAUCGUUACGAUGACGGUGUGAAGAAAUUUAAAUGCAUAAUAUUACAUCAAUCAGAUUCACGGGACUAUUUGUUGAAACCAAAAUUUCGUAUACGAGAGCCUGUUAUAACAAAUCCGUCAUCUUUAGAGUCAUCGUCAGAUAAUGAGAAAGAAGCAGAAUCGGGAGUCACCAACGCCAAAGAAGCUAGAAAACCAACAUUAUCAAACCACAUACGUCCUAAAUUAAAAGAUACGAAGAUUUUAGAGCAAAAUCCGUUGAUGGAGCGACUGAUGAAAGAUAACCGCAAAAAGGAUGAAGAAAAUAUAAAAUUGAAACGUCAGCUUCAACAAUAUAGACUAAUAACAUCUUCAAAUCAAUUACAAAAGCAACAAGAGCAACAACAAAAACUAGAACAACCACAAAAGCAACGUUAUGAUCCUUAUUACUAUAUAGAUCAUGAUACGUUUCACGUUGGUGAUGAUAUAUACAUACCAAGUAGUACAUCUCGUGAAGCGUUCGAUGCCCCCAACCCAUCUAAAUUUAUUAAAACUAUGUCUUUUUUGCUAUUUGGGGCAAUCAAACACUUUCUCAACGUGUAG